GAGGGUAGAGAGCAGCGCACCGGAUGUGGGUCGCCUUCACGGCACUGCAGUAAUGGCAGCGACCUUGUGUGGAGCAUGGCUUUUGUAAGAGUUUGACAGGUAAACAGCGACAGUGCUCGUUGUAAAGCCAUGAUCUCCCUCAUCAAGGCGGCUGUCGGCGGGCUGGGCGGCCUGUGCAGGAGCAGUGGACAGCGGCCCGGUGCUUUGCAGACCCACCUGAAGGUCCUGGCUGCUGGACUGAAGACGUAUGAGAUCCCUCCAGACUACAGCGAUGUGCUGCUGCCAGAGAGGCCCAAACUAAAGUUCCUCAACAAGGUGCCCAACCUCAAGAAGGCCAGGAAAGAGAUGAAGAAACUGCGGGAUAUCCAGGGCCCAGCGAAGACAGCAAACAGCUUCACCACUGGACAGUAUGCCAUCGUGGCCCUGGGAGGGGGCUACCUGCACUGGGGUCACAUCGAGAUGAUGCGUCUCUCUAUCAACCGUAAGAUGGACUCCCGGACCACCUUUGCCCACUGGCGCAUCGGCGGCCCUUACAAGCCCAUCACCCGUAAAGGCCUGGGUCAGCGCAUGGGCGGCGGCAAGGGAGCCAUCGACCACUAUGUGACACCGGUCCGCUACGGGCGUUUCAUUGUGGAAGUUGGAGGAAAGGUGGAGCUGGGGGAGGUGGAGCAUAUCUUGAAGGAAGUGGCAAAGAAGCUACCGUUCCCGGCCAUGGUGGUGAGCAGAGAGAGCCUGGCAGCCAUGCAGCAGAGCGAGGCAAAGAGAGAGCAGAACAACCAGAACCCUUGGACUUUCAAGGAGAUAGUCCAGGGCAACAUGCUGGGUAUCAGGAAGGUGCUCAGCCCCUUUGACCUACACAACCAUGGACGCUUUGUCGGGAAGUUUCACAACCCCGGGAGGGUAUGAGCCAGGACUGAGGGACAAACAUCAAUACAGUAUCAAACUGUGGCACCACAAUGCCACUGAAAAAGUAUGGAGCAUAUGGAAAGUAUAGAGGGCUUUGAAUUGAAAUGGUAAACUUCAUCUUGUGUCUUUAUCGAUAUGCUUUUUUUUUUUACUCAAAAGUGUAAUGGAAAAAAACUAAAACUAAUAAAUGUCAUUACAUCUUGGAAUUUUGAUUUUAAGUAUUCAGCAGAUUGUAAAGAAUUAUCAUACAGUCGUUUGGUGGCACAAGUAUCAGGACGAGCUCUUAUUUCAGAGGAUUCUCGUCUUUACUCUGAGACACAGAGAUUAGCCAACACAGUCUGCAACACAGUCAUCAAGGGAAGGGUGGAUUUGGAUGGUGGUUGGAUUGAAGAUGUCUUGCUGGGUUGGUUUAGUUUAGUCUAGAAUCUAAUCCAAAUACAUCAAUAAAAUUUAACUGGUUUCAUUACCAUAUAAACUGCUGGUAUACCCUACUGGAGGAAAUACAAAAAAGAAAAUAGAUUUUUACAUCAACAUCUUACUUUUCAUGUAACCAUACGUAGACCUAAAUUAAAUAUGGUGCUAAUU